GAUUGGACAUUCCGAUGAAGUGCGCGCCGCGGAACACUCGCGUCACAAUUCUAGUGUAUCACGUGUCCGCGUAAAUACACUUUUAACUUUCAUACUAAAUCAUAAAGUACCCCACCGUUGCCAAUCGAACUGAUAUUAACAAGAGUGAUCAAUUUUCAGCAUGUGAUUUUAAUUAAUAAUUAAGAAUUUUCGCUUUAUUUGUUUAAAAUUUAACGCAUUGUAUCGCAUAUGGUUUUAUGCGAAAUGAGUCAGUGUUCAAAAGAUUUAAAUUGUUUACAACAACAGCCGAGAUUGUGGAAUGUCUGCUAUUGAGGAUCGUGAAAUCGGAUAGAAAAGUUUUAAAAUAGAAUGCAACGUUGAAGUUGUCUGUUAUGGAAUAGGAGUUUUUUAGCAUCAUAUUGUGUUUGAAAACAUCUAUUUAUGUUAUGUAAAUAGAGCAAACAGUUGUUACCAACAUGAUUAGCAGCUGGAGUCGGCGACUAUUAUCAGUGGUGAGCGGAAUCGUUGUAAUAUGCGCGACCGCAACUGCGUACACCACUGCCGCUACGGAAACAGAAACAGAUGCUUACGAAAUGGAAGGUCCAAUCAUCGAACCAUCUCUAAAAGAAAUAGUAUUAGUAAAAGGUCAAAAUUUUACAAUAAAAUGCAAAGGAUUCUCCGAAUUGGAUUUUAAACAACAAGAAAUACCAGAAGAAAUUGUUGGAUCGCUUUUUAAUAAAAGUAUAACGACGGUUGAAAACACAGACGAUAUAUAUAAGUACGAAAUUGAACUCAACUUAUACAACGUAGAUCAAUUCGCGAUCGGUUACUACGCCUGUUUUGAUACCACUCUUAAAGCUGACGAUUUAUUGAACAAUCUAAUGGAGGAACCAAAAGACACAGAACACGUCACAUACAUUUAUGUCUACGUAAAUGGCACAAAUAGCGUGUUCGCACCCAUGAGGGAAGUCGUAAAAACGGGAAACGGGUCAAAGGUCGUAAUUGAAUGUAGACCUACGACACCGGAUAUAAAAAUAACACUUAAGGGGGACUUUGCAGACUAUGAAUAUGAGCAUUACGAUCCCAAAAUUGGUUUCACGGUCGAUAGCGAUUAUAUGUUAGUCCCGAUAGUUCUUGUGACCUGUGAUGCUAAGCGAGGAGAUCUCGAAGGACAAAAAGACGUAUUUGUACAUAAACUUCUAAAUGUUGUACAAUUGAAAAAGGGUGGAUGUAAAUUGAGUAACAAGACACCAGAAUUAAUAAAGUAUUCUCCAAAGAUUGGAUAUGUAGUCAAAGCGAAUAGGGUCGCUUCUUACAAAUGCGAGGGACUCCGCGGAGAGAAAUCGUAUCUGAAAACUAUACGUAUGUUGACAAGUAUUCCACCGCCUCAACCACGAAUUAUUGGCGAUUUACCACAUUUUAUGAGUGGCGAAACUUUUUCACUAAAUUGUACAGUUGAAUAUCAGAGUAAUUCCGCUUUGGCGUUAAGUUGGAGAACGCCAAAUGUCGCAACGAAGAUUUUACAUAAAACUAACGAGAAUGAAACUACAGGUGGAAUAUUGUAUAGCAAUAUAACGGUAGUCAAUGCUAAUGUUGAAGACGCGGGCGAGUACACCUGCGUAUCCAAAAAUAGCUACGGACAGAACACCGCUACGUUUACAAAGUUACAUUUAGAGACUGGUUUUAUUAAAUUUGAAAUGGGUGGAAGAAAGGUCAAUCCCAUUGAAACAAGUCAAAAUCUUAUGCAGUUUAUGUUUUACAUAGAAGAUUAUCCAACUGCUCGUAUUGCUUGCUACUGUGAUGGUAAAGAAAUACAUUCGAAUACAGGAAAGUACGACAUAAAACGGCCUUCUCCUGGCCAUAUGAAACUGACCAUACACAACUUAAAAGUAACCGACACAGCGAACUAUACCUGUGUGGCCACCAACGAUUAUGAUUCCAAGAAAGUUACACGAGAUUUAAGAGUCAAAGCUGCUCCAGUAGUGGACUUUGGGACAAAUUAUGAUAUAAAGUCCGUAGAGGGCACAAUUACUAACUUAAAAUGCAAGGCAAUUGGUUAUCCUACGCCGAACAUUGAGUGGAUAUUUACCAGUGAAUCAGGCGACCAGCAGAUAUUUUCGGUUCGUAUGUACUUAAUUCUAUUUCCUUACGAUCUUAUAAUAUCUUCCUUCAUCCUAGGAGUAAGACUUAAAAACAUGUUUUUCCAGCCAAGUAAAAUUGUAUCCACGUUGAUUACAACAACGUCAUAUGUUCAAAUACCGGUACGUGUGUCUGGAAACAUCACAUGCAAUGCAUCAAAUGCUAUCAAAUCUGUGACGAAAUCAAAACAAUUUAUAGUACAAGAGCUUGCCGGUGGUUUCGGUAUCAAAGACAUCGAUCGAACUUGGUUUUAUGAAAGUCAGAAUAUUGUUUUGACUUGUGUCGCAUCUGUAUACGAUUUCGCCAAUUUAACGUGGAUAGGAACUGACGAUAUGGAGAUUUUAGAUUCAGUGGAAUUUUCAAACAAUGCGUUUUCCUACGUUGCAAAGUUAAAAUUAAAUAAUAUUUCGCCACAAAACACUGGCAAUUAUACAUGUAAUGCGGUAAGAAAUGAUAAUACUGAAGAAAGUGAAUCAAUAUUUAUCACUGUAGCAGCUAAACAACCGCCUACUAUUACGGAGCCUUUAAAGGAGAAGAAUGAAGAAGUGUAUCCUUAUCAACCUCUACAACUGACUUGUCAGGCCGAAGCUGUUCCACCGCCACACAUCGAAUGGUACAAAGAUGGUAACCUCUUAUCGAAUGAAACGAAUACUGAUAUUAUCACCGAGAUGUUGGAUCACAGCAGAGUAAACUCAAGUGUUGUUAUCAAACAAAUGCUUGAAGAGAACAAGGGAAAAUACGAGUGCGUCGCUAUCAAUGAAGACGAAAUAACAAGAGAAUAUUUUAAUAUUGCUAUUAAAGAAAAAUCUACCAACAAGGCGGCUUACCUUAGCGUUAUCGGAGGAAUUGUUUUCGUAUUGUUACUCUUGAUCGUUUAUCUUGUAUGGAAGAUACGCAAAGAGAAACAAUUUAGGAAGGAACUUGCAGCGGCUGGGUUAUUGUAUUUCACUGAAGGGGUCACAAAGUCCCUUAACCCUGACCUAGGCAUCGAUGAACAAGCAGAGUUGCUACCGUACGAUGACCGAUUUGAAUAUCCAGCAGAGAAACUUCACUUAGGUAAGCAGCUAGGUGCGGGAGCAUUCGGUGUUGUGUACAAAGCAGAAGCACGUGGUAUAAUAAAUGCGGAAGAGACAACAGAAGUUGCCGUCAAGAUGGUGAAGAAGACCGCGGAUAAUAUGUACAUUAAGGCUUUAGCAACGGAGCUCAAGAUAAUGGUACAUUUAGGAAAACAUGUCAAUAUUGUUAAUCUUCUUGGAGCGUGCACCAAAAAUGUUGGAAAACGUGAAUUAAUAGUGAUAGUAGAGUACUGCAAAUUCGGCAACAUUCACAACUACCUUCAGAAACAUCGCGAAGUGUUCAUCGACCAGUUAACUGACAACAAGGACAAGAAUCUCGGCAAAGUUAACAAAGGUUUCUCGUGCAGUAGUGGAAGUAGUGCGUUCCAUUCAGACUACUUCAGCUCCAAUCAUACGCAAAAUACCGAUAAUACAUUCCUAAACACAGGAAAUACAAACAGAUCUGGGAGAAAAGUAUCAGAGACGGGGUACGUGCAGCCGGAAUGGCGGUCCAACUACGAGAGCGAUUACAGCGACGGACGCGCGCCUCGGCCACUCUUCUCGCGCGAUCUGCUCGCCUGGGCCUUUCAGAUCGCACGCGGUAUGGAAUACCUCGCCAGCAGAAAGGUAUUGCACGGCGACCUGGCGGCUCGCAACGUACUCCUGGCUGACGACAACAUCGUCAAGAUAUGCGACUUCGGCCUCGCGCGUAGCAUUUACAAGAAUGACGAGUAUCAGAAGAAAGAAAAUAGUCCGUUGCCGGUGAAGUGGCUAGCGAUCGAAUGUAUGACGGAUCGCAUAUUCUCUACGCAAUCGGACGUGUGGUCAUUCGGGGUAGUGCUUUGGGAGCUGUUCUCGCUUGCGAAGACGCCCUACCCCAACAUUAGCCCGGCUAGUUUGCUGCAGUGGCUUUCCGAAGGGCAUCGUUUAGAGAAGCCAAUGUACGCAGACGAUCGCUUGUACGAAGUGAUGUUACGUUGCUGGGCUCAGAAGCCGACCGCGCGGCCUUCCUUCACACAACUACAAGAGUUACUGGGUGAAUUUCUCGAGGACAAUGUUAGAAAUCAUUAUGUGGAUCUGAAUUCUGCAUAUAUCGAUAUGAAUGUGAAAUCUGAAGGACAAGAGGAUUAUUUGGCAAUGGUGUGUGCGCCUGAUUACAACAAUCUGGUAACGCCGAGCCCGCACCAGUACGUCAAUGAUAGCAGAAGUUUCUUCCCGCCUACGCCCACGCAGUUACAACACGACGAUGAAGGCUACUUACAAAUGAGUCCAGCAUCACAACAAACUAUAUUCAGUCCUCGAGGUCCGGGGACAAAAUUCGAUUUUGACGCAAGAAAACUCAACCCACGCACUGAAGCGACUACACACGGCUCCGAACUCACGCCAAUGUUGACUCUAAAUAAUUUACCAGCUCGAAGUGGUUCAGAAUCGGAUCACGAUGGAAAUUCAUCUCCAUAUCUUAAUAUGUGUCCGCGUAUCGAAGAGGAAUCCGACGAUGUGUUCGAAACGAAACAGAAUAUUAAAAACAUACAAAACACCGCUGUCAGUAAUCCGACGUACAUAACAUUCGAUGUCGACAUUGAAAAGAAACCGAUAAAUUCAAAUAAUUACAUAAAUGUACCAAAUGGUCUAGUCAAAUAAACACGUCAGUAGAUUCGGCAUACUUUCUAUAUUGAUCUCUACGCCUUUUUUUCUAUACUUUCUUGCUAAUCUCACUAUUAUCGAAAACUUUUUUUUUUCAAAUAUUAAUGAUACCUACUGAUGCAUGUUAUCAAAUUGUUACAUUUUAUUUAAGGUUUCGCGUUUGAGAUUAAGUUAUUGCAGUGAUGUGAUAUUUUAUUGUAAGACGGAAUGGAAAAGAAUUUCGCUAAUAUAUUGUAUAUUCUAGAAUUAAUUGACCCACCCCAUGUUAAUUUUAUGUUUUAUUUAUAAGUCAUUUUGAGGAAUUUGAAAAUAAUUAUGAAUGUGUAUUAAAUACAUUAAGUAUUUACUUAAUUGAUGUUUAUUUUGCAGAUGGAACAUUUAUUUUUACAUGUAAAUUUAUGUCUUUUAGUUAUUUUUAAAACAAAAGUAUUGGUCAAAUUGUCUGUAGUAUGAACUUGAUAUUCAAGUUUAUGAUUUUUUAUUUAAAUAGACUUAACUUUUCUUACAAAUAAAUAGAAACAGAUCGUAAGAGAUUUCUGAAUAGCUCUAAUAUAACAAGUUAAUAUUAAGAGAUAGCUUUUAUUAUGUUACCAAAUGUAUUUGGAUAUUUAAAUGAUUGUUGUAUGUACACUUAUUGUGCUUGUCUCAUCAAAAUAUUCUAUAUUGUUACCGUUUUGAUAAAUACAAAAUAUAUUUUUGUUGUAAUAUUAGUAUCUAUGUAACGCCACGUGCAAACUCAGUAAAU